AUGUCGGGCGUCAACAACACCAUCGAUUAUCAACAGAGGAUGGGUAUAUUCAGUCAGCCCCAGACUGAUGGUGAUGCUGCGAAGAUAGGAGGGGAACGUUCAUCGGCGCCUUGCUCGGCGGAUCACUUGGCGAUCGGAUUGGACGGCUCAAAAGUGGGUAGUUUCCAACCAGACUUGGCUCGAGUAAUCACGGGUGUUGGAACUGGACAGUUGAAUGCCUUAGUGCCCGUCUGGACGUCCGAGCUUUCGCAUCAUUCCGGUCGAGGUGCUGCAAUGGGCUUUGAAUUCAUGCUUAAUAUCGCUGGACUCGCCACCGCUUAUUGGAUUGAAUUUGGUUUGCGUGAAAAAAAUCAAUCAUUACGAUGGAGAUUACCCUUGGCAUUACAGGUUGGAUUCUUGAUUGUUCUUCUAAUCUUGGUUCCCCUGUUCCCGGAAUCCCCUCGAUGGUUGGCCAAAAUGGGCCGCGAUCAAGAUGCCCGGCAAGUUCUUUCGGUACUCAGACACAAACAGGGAGAUUCAGAGGAAGAGCUCACUGGACGUGUGGAGCUUGAACUUCAGGGAAUCUUAGAGACCGUCCAAGAGGAACGCAAAAUGGAAGAAAAGGGUGCAAUUACAUAUUGGUCUAUGCUGUUUGUUGACGACCCUCAGCAUCUACGUCGUAGGACUUGGUUGAUCAUCUGGCUCCAAAUCAUGCAAGAGUUGGUUGGGAUUGGAGUUGUCACCGUCUAUGCGCCGACCGUCUUCCAACAGGCUGGCUAUAGCGAGUAUAAGGCAGACUUGCUCUCCGGUAUUAAUGAUAUAUCUUACAUGUUGAGCGUCGUUGUAGCCAUUGUGACUCUUGAUCGUAUGGGUAGACGAGUUACGCUAUAUUGGGGAGCUAUCCUUAUGGGGAUUUCUUUAUUGAUAUGUGGAAUCGCAGCAAGAUACGUUACGGACCUUUCUUUAUCCACUACUGAUCGUCAAUCGUGGGGAAAUGUUGUUACCGCAUUCACUUUCAUCUACACAGCUACCUUUGGUGCCACUUGGCUAACCGUCCCGUGGCUAGUGCCCACCGAAAUCAUGCCUUUGUAUGCCCGAGCUAAGGGUGGCUGUUGGAGUGUCGUUGGAUGGUCGAUAGGAAACGGAAUCGUUACCGAGAUCGCGCCGUUCUUGUUCAACUCGAUCACCUACUGGACAUUCAUUCUAUUCGGUCUUCUCAAUUUUUUCACCCUACCCAACAUUUAUUUCUUGUACCCCGAAACGGCGGGUAGAAGUCUUGAAGACAUGGACAUCCUCUUUGAAUCGGACAGCAUCUUUGUGCACAAGGCUAAGUACGAGCGGAACAACGGCCUGAAUACCUCUGUGGCCAUCCACCACAAAGAAGCGAUUGCGUAG